CUGGCAUUUUUUCCCAUCAAUCUCCAGUAUCAAGGCCAUCUCAACUUCCCAGUGGGCGACCAUGAACACGGCACCGACAUCUCGAUUGGGCCAAUUGCCCAGCUACGUACGGAUAUGGGUGCGACACGGCCAUUUCGGCAAGAAGAAGGAUGGCAGAGGAUUCCCUCCACCUGAGGGACAUGGGGAGGAUAUUUGGGUAUUCGGCCACAGAAGAACGAACCAAAUCAUUUACAGCUUUGAUAAGACGCUAAACGGUUUCCAUGAUCUUAAGCAACUCCCAUUCAAUGGUAAAAAGACAAAACCCGCCAAACUUCGAAAAGACUACUGGUCUCCCUUCGCACAUAUCUCCUUCCCCGCCGGGAAAGGCUCCAUUGGUCGAUCUGUCUUCCAAAAAUUGCGCGAGUUGAAGCACCUGCACGAGGUAGCAUGGGACGACGACUUCCGAUAUAAGAACCCCGAAGAGUUCAGUGAAGCCGACCGCAAGCGAGUGGCCCAGCAGAAGGAGAAGGGUAACAUGAAUCAUCGCCCCAUCAGAACCAGAGAGGAGCGCGGCAUUGCUCUCAACGCCCAGAAGCCGAACUCCAUCGCCGACAUAGCGUCUGUUCUGAGCGGUGCUGGCCGCGGUAACAAAAUCGUUCUAUCAGAAGAUGCCGAGGGCGCUGAGAAGAAGCUUUUAGAUGUCAAGGUGAGCUGGGCAAACGACCAGGACAAGGAGUAUGCCCAGAAGUGGUCUGAAAACGUUACACAUGGUCUGUUCGAAAAGCCGAGCUACAUUUCGAACGAGCCCGAGAAGAAGGACGGUCAGGAGAAGGCACCGGAGCCAGUGGCUGAAUGAAGAACUCAAAGAGAGGACUGAAAUGAACAAAAAGCCCCAGGAGACGGCAUAAAAGGCGGUUGGGUUGGAGAUUGAGUCUUCCACGAACACCAGGCUCUCCCACUUCAGUCAUUAUUAUACGUGUUCUAUCUCCAUUGUAUAAAAUGUAUAUUUUGGACUCCAUCGGGUUGGGCCAUAUGGAAAGGUGUGUCAUCAAGUGUCUAGAGAUUCAAAAAGGACACUCCUCAGACAGUUGGCAAAGGUUUGUAGAUGAAGGAGCAUGUAUAUAUUCAUCAGGUGGCGUGGUGCCCAAGUUGCUGUACCAUAAUAGCUGUACCAUCAACUAAAUCCAAACACUCAUAAAUCAUUUAUUACCCCG